AAUCUGUAGCAACUACGCCGCUUGUUUGAAAACCAGUCCAGAAAACCCUGUUUCGUUGCUCAGUUGCUUGGAUAUGUGUAUGCAUGACAUCUGUAUAUGUGUAAACUACCUUUUGUCAUUUUUAAAUAUGUGAAGAUGUUUCUAUGCUGUGAGGAUCAAUUAAGUGACACUGACCCUGACUGGUGUUGUGGAUACUGCAUGUGAGAAGAAGUGGACCGAUACACAUUCAGACUGCCUGCCCGUUCAGCCUUUCCCCACACUGGGGUAUUUGGUGCCUGUGCCAGUUGUAGGCUGUGCAUGUUUGUUUCUUGCCAGUGAUUCCUUAUGCUUGAAAGAAGCUGCAUCCUGUGUCUUACAGGAUGGAUGGUGUGGACUUGAAGAGACUUGAGUAUCAACAGCAGCACCCUGCAUUUAGUUGCAGUGUUCUGUCUCUUUCCAUUUUCAAGAGGACACCUCCCAUCUUACAUCACCAGUCCCCGAACUAUAUAUGUAAAGACAUUCUUUAAGCAGUAAAAAAAAAGGGCAGCGUAAGAUAGAAGUCUUUUUCCAUUUGAAGCAGCCACUGAUACUGUUUGUAAAGACAAACAUGGAAAUACCCUUAUUUUAAUUUUUCAGUUAUCACACCUCCUUAUUCUUACUGUGGGUGGUGGGAUGUCGGAAAAGCCAGAUGACAAAAUGGUGAAGUUCCUGGCUCCCCCUCAUAAAAGUGGAAAUAGCCCCAGUUCAGGUUCAGAUUCAAUGGUCAGUGAGUGCCGGCCAGCGGAGGUGAGACGUCGGCAUCACACCAUGGAGCGUGACAGAGUGAACCCCGAACACCGUUUUUUACGCCGAAGUGUCAUCAGUGAUUCUAACGCGACGGCAUUGGCCCUUCCUCUACCCAGUAAAGUCUCCAUCUCUGGAUCUCAGCGCAGUCAUCUACAGGAACCUGUUCUUCAGCGGCAAAAGUCUGUUUCUGCUCAUUUACCCAAGGCUGAACUUAGAAUAGCUCAGACUGAGGUGCCUGGAGGAAAUGAAGACGCAGGUCGGCAAGGAAAAGACAUAGAGAUAGCCAAGGUGGGUGUUGUGCCUUCAGUGAAAGAGUCUGCUGUUGUACAAGACAUCCGUGAUGGGAUGGUGGUGGAAGCAGCACACGCUGCACCAUGCCUUGGAACUGAAUUGCCAAGUCAAACUGAACCUGAAAGCUCCGCUGAAGUGAAGGUGCGCCAUGAAGAUGAGGGGGAGGAAGAGGACAAAGACUCUGCUAAGGCACGCGCAGAGGCAGAGCAAAGACAGUUUGAGAAAAAGGUUCAAGAUGAUAUUGAGGAGGCCGAAACUAAAGCGGUUGGAACAUCACCUGAUGGACGAUUCCUAAAGUUUGACAUAGAAAUUGGACGUGGCUCCUUCAAAACCGUCUACAAGGGCUUGGAUACUGAGACCACGGUGGAAGUGGCUUGGUGUGAGCUGCAGGAUCGUAAACUGUCAAAGACAGAACGUCAACGCUUCAAGGAGGAAGCAGGGAUGUUAAAGGGACUACAACAUCCCAACAUUGUUCGCUUUUAUGACUCCUGGGAGGGACCUUCGAAAGGAAAGAAGUGCAUUGUGUUGGUCACAGAACUCAUGACCUCUGGUACACUCAAAACAUACCUAAAGCGAUUCAAGGUGAUGAAAAUCAAAGUGCUGCGUAGCUGGUGUCGACAAAUCCUGAAAGGACUCCACUUCCUUCAUACCCGGGCUCCUCCAAUCAUCCACAGAGACCUCAAAUGCGACAACAUCUUCAUCACUGGCCCAACAGGGUCUGUCAAGAUUGGAGACCUGGGACUGGCUACGCUCAAGCGUGCAUCGUUUGCCAAGAGUGUUAUAGGUACCCCUGAGUUCAUGGCGCCUGAGAUGUAUGAGGAGAAGUACGACGAGUCAGUGGAUGUAUAUGCCUUUGGAAUGUGCAUGCUGGAGAUGGCCACCUCAGAGUACCCGUACUCAGAGUGCCAGAACGCUGCACAGAUCUACCGCAGAGUAACCAGCGGAGUGAAGCCAGGUAGCUUCGACAAGGUGGCCAUUCCUGAAGUCAAGGAGAUCAUCGAGGGAUGUAUUCGCCAGAACAAGGAUGAGAGGUACUCAAUCAAAGACCUUCUGAACCAUGCCUUCUUCCAGGAGGAUACAGGUGUGCGUGUAGAGCUGGCAGAAGAGGAUGAUGGAGAGAUGGAGGCGAUCAAGCUGUGGCUAAGAAUUGAGGAUAUAAAAAAACUUAAAGGGAAGUACAAAGACAACGAAGCCAUCGAGUUUUCUUUUGACCUCAACAAAGACGUCCCGGAAGAUGUGGCUCAAGAAAUGGUGGAAUCUGGUUAUGUGUGCGAAGGUGAUCACAAGACCAUUGCAAAGGCCAUAAAGGACAGGGUUUCCCUAAUUAGUCGGAAGAGGGCACAGCGGCAGCAGGUUAGAGAAGAUCAGGAGAAGAGAAGACUUGAAGAGGAGGUGCAGGGCCAGUCGCUGCCAACACAGCAACCAGGCCAACAGUCCAUCAUGGAGAUGCCUCACUCUCAGCCAGUGCCACAGCCUGGCUCUUUUGUUCCUCCACAACUUACCCAGCACAGCACACAAAUGAGUGCCCAGCCAGCAACUCAGCAGAGCCUCCAGAGCUCUAACUACAGCAAUCCUCAAUCCUCCCAGCUGAGUGGUAUAUCACAGGGGCUUCCUUAUGUUCCUCAGUCAACUGGGAAAGUCCCAGUUCAGGUUCAGAGUACAACUGGCAUCCAAACUGAGGUUGAGGACGUGGAAGCUGACCAACAGUUGCAACAUACUGGAGCUUGCGAGGUUGGAGACAGACCACCUGGCUCUUCUGUCAUUCCUGAGGCAUUGCCUUCUCAGCUGGGGUUAUCCUACAGCUCUCCUACCAGUCAGCACCUUCAGCCCCAGGUGUCCUGUCCCCAGGCGCAGAACGAUCUGACGCAGCACCAGCUGUCAUUGGUUGUCCAGCCUGAAGCUGCUCCAUCCUCCAACCAGUCUGUUUCACUGGCACCUACACAGUACGGAGUUUACUACCAACCAUCGCCUCCCCCUCAGAAGCCCUCUCAGCAAGUCACAAUACCCCCAUGUUCUCAGUCAUCUCUCCCCCAGCUUCAGGCAGAGAGCAGCAGCGCUCUGCCGCAGGCGCAGACUGGAGUCCAGCAGCUGCAGGGUCCUGUGUCGAUUCCUCAGACAACACCAGUCGACCAGACAGCAGGACCCUCUUCCUUGGUGCCUCCAACUGUUGAUAGCUGUCUGUCGGACGCAGCGUCAGGACUUAGUGAUGGUAAUGAUGGAACCUCUACAUCAGGCGGUCGCCAUGAAGGGCGCUCACUGAAACGUCACCAACGACGAUCUGUACGCAGCCGCUCACGCCAUGAUAAGAUUGGAAAGGCCAAGCUAAAUGUUCUCAAUAUCUCUAACGUGGGGGAUAGAGUAGCUGAGUGCCAGCUGGAAACGCACAACAGGAAGAUGGUGACGUUUAAAUUUGAUCUUGAUGGUGAUAACCCAGAAGAGAUAGCACAGAUUAUGGUUGAAAGUGAGUUCAUCCUGGAAAGUGAGCGCGAGUCCUUCAUUGAGCAGGUCCGCGAGGUCAUAGAAAUGGCAGAUGAGAAAGGACAGGGCAUGAAGGAAGGCUUCCCCCAGAUUGGUGACCUCCAGCAGCAGCCUGAGCUCACUGUUCCCAUGGUGCCAGGUAUAUCCCCCAGCACUGCUGCUCAGGUGGUUCAUUCGGCUGGACGGAGGUUUAUAGUCAGCCCAGUGCCAGAGUCUCGCCUUAAAGAACAGUUCUUUGGAGAGUCAUCUUCUAAUCAAUCCUUUGGAGAUGAACCUGCUGCGCCUUUGGGUCUUUCUCUGUCUGCUCCAUCUGGGACUCUCCAGCAGGCUUUUCAUAAAAUGAGACUGGAACGCGUUGACAGAAGCAACACUCUUGAUCUCCCCUCUGCUGAGCACGAACCGGGCACCAUCCCAUCCAGUGAGGCUGGCCUAAACUCUAAGAAUAUCCUGUCUACUCCAGACACUGGGGCUUCUGUCUCGAUCACAUGCGGCGCAGCUUCCUCACCUCCUCUUCCAGCUGGAAGGGUUUCGCCUCCACCCGUAUCGGUUCAGUCUCAAACUGCUGUCAGUGACCAAAGUCCACCCUCCCAAUCCACCCAUGAAAUGGGUCACUCGCAGUCUCCGCCAGUCGCUAGUGUCCCUCCAUCCUCCUCUGUUUCACCUCCUUCCACUCAGACCUCUGUCCCAGCAGCGCCCGGCUCUCAGCCAAGCAGCACGUCUGCCUCCUCUGCUGCUGGGACAUCCGUCAGUGUUGGAAAUGUUCCUGCUUCAGAGCCACAGUCUUUUAGCUCUGUUACAGCUUCUCAGCCUGUAAGCACGUCAGUCCAUGCUCAGCACCCACCUCCCACCUCGUUACCCGGUCAAACCCAGGGUCAUUCACAGCCAGUGGAUUCAGAGGGGGCGGAGCUGCAAUCUAAAACAGCUGGAAGAGAUGACAUCCAAACUCUAGAUAUGAAGCUGCGAUCACUCUUUAAAGACAUGAGCUCCACCUCUUCUGCAUCAAUGGAUCCCAGUCAGAACACGGGAACCUCCUCUCCCCCCACUGGAACCUCCUCUCCUCCUCCUGGGACCACCAUGGUUCCCCCAUCUAACCUUCCUCUGACUUCUGGUGUACCAGGGGUUCUGGGCGCUACAAGUACACCAGGAGGACAUGCCCAGACCCCCCCGUCUAAGCCCAGGGCGCAGACUUUACCCACUGGUUUUGAUCAGGCUGCUACACCUCCUUCUGAAGUGGUUCCCCCUUUUCCUGGACCACAUCAGUUGCAGCCGCCCCGGGGGAACUUUGAGGCCCAGUCAAAUAGAGCUCUGAGUCCAGAGACUGUCCAGGGGGGGGACACAGCUCAGCCUCCAGCUGCAGGUUUCACUCUUGGACGUUUCCAGGUCUCUGUGGCACCUGAAGGCGCAUCCAGCAAUGCUCCAGAUCCGUCCAGUGUUGUUUCUUCUUCUUCCCUCACACCAUCCUCGUCUUCCUCCUCCUCUUCAUCCACGUCCUCCUCCUCGCCCUCAAGUCCAGAGAAUACCCUCCACCGCUCCUGCCCUCUCCCCAAGGGAGCUUUCCAAACUGACGGGGCCUCGUGUGCUGGUUCGAUCAGCCAGCCCACAACCAUCGGACGCUUUCAAGUGGUCAAGAGCAGCGCCUCAUCUGAGCCAACUGCCAGCUCCAAAGUGGGCCGAUUUUCAGUCACGGUGACCCCUGCACCAGAGGCAAGUUCCAGAACAUCCCAAGAUGGUAUGCAGAAUGGACCCUCAUCCUCAACCUCCGACCCUCACAGCACACACACCCAUUACAGCAGUGACAAUGACGAUGACUCAGAGACUGAAGAUGAAGCCCUCCAGAAAGAGAUCAAUCAUUUGAGAGAAAAACAUAUGGUGGAGAUUCAGGCCUUGCAAAGUCGUCAGAAAGAGGAGAUAGAAGCUCUCUACACACGAAUGGGGAAACCCGUCCCUCAGUCCGUCUUCUCCCCCGCUGUGGCCAUGGCUGGAGGGCGACGUCGGCUUAAGAGCAAAAGCCAGAAGUCCCGUGGCAGUGGCCAGCCCAGUCCCGUUCACUCAGCUCAGAGUCAGGGAUCCCACUGCUCUCCAAAGCAAAGUUCACUCUCUGCGACAGAGGCGGGGGAAGCUGCUGUGGGCAGGACGUCAGCCCAGCAGCUCACCAUGUCCCCAUCCAUGCCCAACCUGAGCAGCUGUUCCACCGCAACAAGUGGGAGCAGCUCCACAAACGGUUCAGGGAACCUCCACAACCUGUCUGCGUCCUCGUCCCAGCCCACCGCUCCUUCUGCCUCCCAAAACCAGAAAGGCAAGGGCACCUUCACCGACGACCUGCACCAGCUGGUGGACAACUGGGCCAGAGAUGCCAUCAACCUCUCCCAGUGCAAGAGGGGCUCGAAAAGUGGCGCCCAGGCAACUCUCGGACACGAUAUAAUCCCUCCAGCGAACAUGGGCAGAAAAUUCUCGGCGCCAGGCUACCUCUGCCCAGCACCGCCCACACCGUCCAACAGCACAUCCACGUCCUCCGCUCACCUCCCCAACCCCACCAACCCUUCGGCCGCCGUGGGUUCUCGUAAGGGCUCUCUGGGCCCCGCUGUCCCCGGGUAUGGCUAUGCCUCAACCCCUUACAGUGCUCCCCAGUGGGCAGGACCCACAGGUACACCCCAGGUCAGCCUGCACAACCCGGCACAGCCACUAAAACAGUACCAGCCACCCACAACCGCUUCGGUACCCAUCCAAGGCUACCACAUGGGAGCAGCACCGGCCAACCAGAAGUCUGUCCCUGGGGGCUCCAGCUCCAGGCCUACGUAGCCCAGAGACAGCUCUGCUCCAGGCUUUACAGGAACGGCCCAUCCGGGCAGAGGGGAACAGGCAGCCGUUGAUGGAGAACCGCAGCCUCUCUUUACAGUUUGCUGGCUUUGAAUUGUCAUUUUUAUUUCACCUUUUACCUUUACGCAUUAUAUCUGUGAAGAGUUGACCCGAGUGGUUUGCGUCCUCUCAGGCAAAAUGAAAUCUGUCUAGCAGUUGGCGGGAGAGUGCAAUAGACAUCCACAGCACAAAAGUCUCACGUUUAGCCUGCCCAUUAGCUGUGGAAAGGAGCUGUGACCAGUCAGGACGGUGCGACCCCGAGGCGUAAUCAACCGCAGCCAAAUGUGUCUUUUGUGAGCAGACGUUGCAAUAUUGUCAUUCCUUCGAGGGGGAGACGGUAGAGGAGGGCUUGUUCAUAUCCUUACUGGUCAGGACUCAAACCAAGAUGGGAGUAGAAACCGUUGAAACUGACAGGCCACACGUGUACAUAAACAUCUGACUUAUCUUUAGCCUGGUUGAAUCACCGUAGCUGGAAAGUUGUCAGUGAGCGUAGGAGAGAGAGUGUACAGAAAGUAGACUGUGGGACGAGGAGUUGGUUCCAGCGGGGAAAGUAAAAUGGCUCGUAGAGUUAGCAGAGGAAGGACAUGGUAAGUUAGUCGGGAUAAAGGACGGGGCUGUAGUACAAUGCAAUAAUGAAGGAGAGGAACUGACCCAUGUAACUGUGGCCUUAAUUCCCAUUUAAACAUUGGCUUUGUACAUAGAGAUCUCCUCACUCGGUAGGAUACUAUGUUCAACAUUUUUCCACCUCUGUGAGUCCGCCAUCAAUGUGAUUUGAGCUUUUUUUUUUUCCGUUUAUAUAAAUGAGUUAUUCUGAUUUAUUCUUCACAACUGACCUAAAAGCCAGUGGAUCUGCCACUAGUAAAAGCGUCGUCCUGGUGUUGACCACCGCUCGGUUUGAAACGAGGCGAUGCCGCUGCUGGAAGUCACAAUAUGAGUGUGAACAGUGUUAAGCUCCCCCCCCCCCCAUGAGACCACUUUACUUUGUGCUCGGCUAUGAGAUGUGAACUGUGCAGAGCCUGUAUCAUAUCCUACAAAAUCUCUUUUAGGGUAGUAUUUAAAAGUUUCAGUCUGUGGGAGGCAUUCCUACUCUAGAUAGCUGUGCACACAGUGUUUUCUCAGCUCGGAGGGGAAACCGUCAGCUAGCAACGUCAUGUAAAUCAAAAAAUAUUUCCACUCAUAUCGUUUAACUGUGACCUCUCACAUCGGAAGUGUCCGGGGUUGUCUGUCUGUGGUCUGUUUUUGUAUGCGUAUAUUUAAUACAACAAUGUUCUUAAUGGACCUGUAUUCAGCCAUCAGAUUUUGAUGUUGUUUCACUGUAAUUAUUAUUAAAGGUUGUUAAACAACAUGUAGUUAAAGAAAUAUAAGAAGUGCAAUUGCAGGGUUGUUGUUAUUGGUAUCCUACUCAGCAUGCAGGGUUAAUCCUGCAGUUUAUUAAGCUCUUCUGUCCGACUGCCCUGCCCCUGUUUUUCUAUUUUAUUGUAUAUAUGCUAAAGUGAGGUAAAUGCUUUGACAUGAUUCUCCCAUCACUAGAGUAUGCUUGUGGUGACCCACUCGAAAUGCACACGCACUCUAACCUGUAAACUCGACAAACACUUUAGUGCCUUGCAUCCUCACUAAUAGCCGGUUUCGGAUUCAUGUCAUCCUGCAACUGCGGGACUUAAACCAGUGCACGCCGCCACCACACACACACACACACACACACACACACACACACACACAACCAUCUCAGAGCAUGUCACAGCAGAGACGGACUCCACGCGCAGGACCAGAACCAAUAGCACACUUUGUUUCCUUUCUCUCUCCACUUUACCGUCGUGUGGUUGUGUAACCAGCUGUGUAUUUAUACUUGGCUCAUGUGAACCUGGAUUUUGCUGACAUUUGUUUUCGUGGAUUUACUAGUAAACAGUUCCAUGGCGACUUGUUGGGGCAGCGAGUGAGCUGUACAAAGGUUUGAAAGUCGGCAUGCUGACUCAGCUGUUGUCACCACCUCACAGGAGUGCCACGCUGUUGUUGUGACUAUCGCCUGCUUGUAGAUUAACUUCUCUAGAGAAAUGAAAAAUAGUUACUGCAAUGCAGAAUAUGCAAACCUUUAAGUUUCUAGUAACUGAGGGGUGUUGGAAACGUGCGCAUGCUGACGAAGGUUGUUACCAACUUCAAUGUUUUUGAUAUUAGAAAAAUAGAUUCUGUUAUCUUAUGCUUUUCUGAUAGCAUCCCAGACUCAGCUUCAGCAUUAGUUUAUCAGCGUAUGGAUUUUGCAUGCCUGCUUCUCUGUUAAAUCCUGCAAAUGAAAACCAACUGGCCACUGUACAGCACACGCUCACAGUCAAAGGUCCAUGUGCUCCUGUCCGUAGUCAUCACAGCAACCUCUCCAUACAGCAGUCAGAGGCCACUGACAGAGGCCAUUUCUGAUCCCUCCUUACUGACUUUCUGUGAUUCAGUGUCUGUUUUGUGUCUGUUUUUUCACAUUGUACAAAAUGUAAAAACAAAUAAAAAA